CAAUAAGGUCUCCCUGUAGGGAGGCCUGGACGAGUGCCGUGUAUUGAUCGAUGAGGGCGGAUUCAUUGGCGCUGACGCCUGCAAGAAAAGACAUCUUGAGUUACCAUCUCGUUUGGGGUUCACGCCAGCGCUGUCAUAGACGCAUAGCUCGGGCUAGUGAUAUGUCGCUAAGUCGGGCCGGCACUGGGCUCUGCUCUUCUAUGGCAAACACCUUGAUGGAAGAGCCGGCGGUGAGGCGGCGGGUGGCUAGCCGCCACUCACCUGACGACUCACCUAAUGGUGACAGAAAAAGCAAUGCUAGAAGUGGGGCUUCAUGGUAUUGAGUGGCUUGACCCUGUACGUGUAGUUGACAUUUGGCAAUGCCUAGUAGUGUAUACGUAUUGCAAAGUCGGAUGCGAAUCUCUCGUCAUUCUCACUGACUUGUACAGGUUGAAAGGCAUACCAAAGGGGCAAAGCCUUGUCCCGGAUUUCGCAGAAGACAUCGAGGCGCUCACAAGCGAUGAUCCACAUUUUGAUCUCACCUUCGAGCUUGACGUUGAUGCCGAGGAAGAACUCGUUGAGGAUGAAAAAGCCGAGUUUGUCGAUCCCGCUCUCAUCACUGGCGUCCAAAUCAGGAAAUGCCGCCUGAUAGCGACCAGACAAUGCGUUGAGUACGGAAUUGUGUCACCGUGUCCUAACGCGACGCCGGGUCCGGGCAUUUUGUGGUGUAUUGCCUGCACCAUCCACCCCCUUGGAGAUGCGUGUCAGGGAAGCUGGCGUCGAGCUCAGCCUGCACCAUUGCGCUGCUUCAGCCCGAAAGCGUCGACGACGAGGAGACGGUCGAGAAGGUCCGCAGGAAGCUCACCGGCGAGUUCAAGUCGGCUACAAACCCGCUGGCGCCGAAGGCGCGCUCGGCAUUGAGCGCAAGAGCGAGCAAGAGAAGACUUGGGGGCAGUGCAUUCGGGGGUCCAGAGUGCACACCGACCGUGGCGUGUGGAUGCUGCGGGAGAACGCCCGGUGCAAGAAGGGCAUUCACCUCAAAUGCGUGGCCGCCUUGGUCG